UUCCUCACCGCGACCGGCCAUGGCCGCACUGGGACUCCGGCGGCGGUGGUUUCUGCUCGCCGCCCUCCUGAUCCCUGUGAUGGCGGAGGAAGAGUCGAGUCCGGUGGCCAUUGCCAUCUCGGUGAUGCUCAUGGGCUCCAUCGGUUUUCAGAUGUUGAUGUUCUAUCUGGUGAAUUGGCCGGAUCGGGACAUCCAAAGAUAUUCCUGGCAGGUCAUUAGUCAAACGAUUUCCAUUUUCUGUGCGGUGUUGCUGUUUCAAGGCUGCAAUGGAUUGGUGGAGGAGCGUUUGAUUGAAGGAAGUUCGGACUGGAUGGAGGUGGUGGUUGAUAUGGCGCAAAUGCUCUUUUGGCUGGUGUGCAUGCAGAUCGUUUUGGCCAUCACCAGUGGUGCGUUGAAUGAGAUCUUUGGUGGGGACGCGGACAUGGAGAGAGUGGAACUCAAUCUGAAAAGCUGGUCAGUCCUGUUUAGCCAUGUGGCCGGCUUCGCGACGAUCAAUGCCUGGGGAUCUCUGCAACAGAAAUUCUUCAAUUCGUCGCCUCUCCAUGUCUUGCUCGUGGUGCCCAUGGGUUCCGUGGGACUUCUCUUGAUCUAUCACAUCUUCGAUAUCAUUCGCGAGCGCAUCGCGCACAUGGAUGACGGAGAAAAGGAUGAGUAUGAAGAAAAGUGGGAUGAAGAAACUGAGGAGGCCGAGAAUGAUGUGGCAGGUUUGUCCAUGUCCUUCUUGACCGUGCAGGCCAUGCGGUUUGCCAUCAGCGGAAUACUGCCUAACCAGGAAGGUCUCGAACCCUGGGGGGCAGCCAUCAGUCACACGCCGCAUCAAUGUCAUUUGCUGAUGGGUUGUGGCUUCAUUUUCUUCUUGUUGUCCAUGGCGG